CCAGAGCCUGGAGGCCCGGGGGGCCUAGCCCCCGGGGGGAGCCGCGGCCGUAAGCUGCCAGGGCCCCGCGGGGUGCCUUGUACUAUAUGCCCUUCUGCUGCCUCCCUGCAUAUACCUACCCAAAGACACACACAGUUCAUAUACUUCAGAGAAGCUUGCUUGAUGUGAAAACCUCCUAUUUCAAGGCCUGAAGCCAAAUGGAGUUUGGAAAACCCCAAUAUGUUGGACUUCUGGGAAGGAUUAAGGCAAGCAGACUCCAAACAUUGGCUUUCAACUAGCCAGGGUCUUCCAUCAUACUCUUCUCUUGUGGCCCAUGUGCUACUCCCUUUGCCCUCAUUGUGCGACUGGCCCCCAACGCGAUGUGUGUUUGUCAAACCAUGGAAGUGGGGAAGUAUGGCAAGAAUGCAAGUCGAGCUGGAAACCCGGGAGUCCUCCUGGAGCCCUUCAUACAUCAGGUGGGCGGUCAUAGCAGCAUGAUGCGCUAUGAUGACCACACUGUGUGCAAGCCACUCAUUUCCCGGGAGCAGCGUUUCUAUGAGUCUCUCCCCCCUGAAAUGAAGGAGUUCACCCCUGAAUACAAAGGUGUUGUGUCUGUCUGUUUUGAGGGGGACAGCGAUGGCUACAUUAACCUGGUGGCCUAUCCUUACGUGGAAAGUGAGGCUCUGGAGCAGGACGACCCGCCAGAGCGCGAGCAGCCCCGACGCAAGCAUUCCCGCCGAAGCCUUCACCGCUCGGGCAGCGGCAGUGAACACAAGGAGGAACGGGCGGGGCUGACCCCGGAGAGCACAGACAGCAGCUCACAGGAGUUGAAGAGCCCCAAGGUGGAGCUGCACAUCCACUCGGAUGUCCCCUUCCAGAUGCUUGAUGGGAACAGCGGCCUGAGCUCAGAAAAAAUCAGCUACAACCCCUGGAGCCUGCGCUGCCACAAGCAGCAGCUGAGCCGGAUGCGCUCGGAGUCUAAGGAGAGGAAGCUCUACAAGUUCCUCUUGCUGGAGAAUGUGGUACAUCACUUCAAGUUCCCCUGUGUGUUAGAUCUGAAGAUGGGGACCAGGCAGCACGGCGAUGAUGCCUCCGAGGAGAAGGCUGCCCGGCAGAUGAAGAAGUGUGAGCAGAGCACCUCUGCCACUCUGGGCGUCCGAGUCUGUGGAAUGCAGGUUUUUCAGCUGGACACAGGGCAUUAUUUGUGCAGGAAUAAAUACUAUGGUCGUGGGCUCUCGAUUGAAGGCUUCCGCAACGCUCUCUACCAGUAUCUCCACAAUGGCCUGGACCUCCGGAGAGAUCUUUUUGAGCCCAUCUUGAGCAAACUUCGGGGUUUGAAGUCUGUGCUGGAGAGGCAGGCCUCUUACCGAUUUUACUCAAGCUCCCUCCUCAUCAUUUACGAUGGGAAGGAGUGCAGGGCAGAGAUGUUCCUAGAGCGCCGGGCAGACACGCGCUCGAAGAAUGUGGACUCGGGGCUCCCUGAGACGAUGCCCGAUGGCACCAGCCCUAGCACCAGUCCCGAGACAUCCCCCUCUGCCACACCCAAGGUGGACGUCCGCAUGAUUGACUUUGCACACAGCACGUUCAAGGGCUUUCGGGAUGACCCUACUGUGCACGAUGGGCCCGACAAGGGCUACAUGUUUGGCCUAGACAGCCUCAUCACCAUCAUGGAGCAGAUGCGGGAGGAAAACCAGUAGUGUCCUACGCUGGGCUCCCCGUGUCAGUCACUGCCCAGAGCCCUUUCCCCUCUACCCACAGGCAGGGACCACCCAUUCUGAACUCACCACAGAGGGCAGACAAGACAGACUUUGGUUUUAAAGGGUUAUAUUUCUCUUUGGUGUAAACUAAAAGAAAUGAUUUUAGCUGUAGCCUGGAAUACAUAUAUAUAAAAGUGAAGGAGAGAGAGGAGAAAGCAGAAGAUGUGCUCAGCCAUUUUAUUAACCAUGUGGCUUUGAUGACUUUGUCCAGGCUGGCUUAGGAAGAGGAUCUCCGAAUGUUUUGGCCUUGGUGAGACUGUCAGCUGCUCUGGUCUUUUUAGUUCACAGGCUUCUGCCUGGUUUGUGGCCAAAAGGAGGCUUCAGGUGGGGGCCAGGGACCACAAGGCUCUUUAGACUCCACUGGUCCUUUUUUUGGCUCACUUGAAGCCUCAAACUUGGGGAGCAAUUGAGAGCAGGAGCCUGACUGAAGGGCAGGCUUUUCAGUCAGGCAUUCCAGCCCCCAGGCUCUUGCAUGUCACUUAUUCCUGAGAGGCUCUGGGGGUCACCAGACCUACCUGUAGCAGGUGGGGAAAAGCAAGAGGGACUCUGGGUAGCAAAUAGUCUGAUAUGAGGUUUCUCUUGUGUCUGUGGACAACAGAGAGAAAUGACUAAGAGAAAGAGAUAGAGUGUGUGUGCGCAUGUGUGCGUGCGUGCGUGCGUGUGUGUGUGUGUGUGUGUGUGUUUCUGCAUCCUAGCGGGGAUGGGGAAAAACAACCAGUGGGACUUUUCUGGUAAGCCCGGUUGCCUGAACAGAUAGUUUUGGAAACCCCCCCCCCCCCCCCCCCCAGCUGUUUGCUGCUGUUGCUGCUUCUGCUGUUUCUUGCCUUUUAAAAUUGAGCUGCAAGAGACUGAACUAAGCCAUUUGAAGAUGGGGUGGGCAAGAUAACAGGUGUGUGAAGUUGGACUGGUAGUUAAAACAAGCCAGGUGAAUGUGGAGCAUAGGAACUUAGCAGAGGCCGGCCUUAGCAAGCAUUUGGCCUCCUCUGGUUCUCCUUGGUACCCCUAGUUGAACCCCACCCCACUUCUUUCCACCUGAUAGCAUGCACCCAAACUCCAGCAGCAUGAGAAGUGUUUCCUCCACAAACCUAGGGGAGUGAAUUUUGUUGCUAUUCCCUCCUACUUCCUUCCCUUCCCCCGACCCCCAGCAGAUUAUUUUUGGGCACUGGGAGGUGGGUGGGGAGGGGGUGGAGUAUGGAUUAUGACCAGGGCUGCUUAUAGCCAUCAACUUCUCUUAGUGGUUGGCCAAGCCUAGUUGUAGAGGCUGGAGCCUUGUUGGUUUAGGGCAGUGAAAGAAGGCACUUAAAUCUCUCCAGAUUUCUAAGAUCUAAGAUCUCUGGCCUUGGCUGCCAUAUUGCUUCUUGCUGCUCUUCUCCUAUAAAACUGUAAGGUGUCAAGUGGUCUGCACCUCCUGCUUCAGGUGUGGCUUGGUCAGGAGCAGCAGGACUCACUUAACAAAAAACCAGAACACAGAACCUAGAAGUGCAAGCCUUGGAAAUGAGCAGCUUGGGCUGCAGGCCCAGUAGCCCAUGGUGGGUUCUGAUUUUUGUGCCUGCUGAAUUUUAAGAAAAGGGAGCAUGUUGAGAGUGACAUCUGAGGAUUCUUUUAUCUCCUUCUGGGCCAGCUCUCAGGUUUGUCCCUAGGUGUGGGCUGCCCUGUGCAGUGGUGAGGGUGGCUAGCUGGCUUUGUUUUCCCCACUGACGUUCACCCGCUUGUUAAUAUUUUUUUCCUCUGUACUCCCUUCUCAAGCAGCUACUAACCGGGGUUCUUCCCUUGGAGUUGGACUCUUUGUAGAUGCUGAAGUUUCUGGAGGAAGUGGAUUAAGUUGUAAGAAGUACCAGGGCAGUGUGCUCUUCCUGUUGAACAGUCUUCUUACUAGUCAGUGCCCCAUGGUUAGCAUAAUCCAAGGGAGGCAGCUGGAGCGAAGGCAAAGAGAAAGCUUGAUGGUUAGUUUUCUCAGCCCAGACUGACAGUGCUUUGGGUACUUGACCCAGCCCUUACCUCUCUCCUGGUGCCUGUGGGAAGGGCCAGAACAGAGGGCCAGAGGCUGUUUGCCAUUCCUUCUCUGUAUAUUCUCACCCUGGCUUGCAGAUCUGAAGCAUAAGACUGGUCUUGGGAAAUCAUCCACCAUAUUGGGACUUAACUCAAAGCCCCAGGAGUUACAAGCUAACCUGGAUACUCAGAGUCUACCAGGGGCUGUCAGUGGUACUGCCAGUCUGGACAGCUCAGUGAGGACAAACUGCUCAUGCUAGUAGGCUCAAGAGGGACUGAGAAGCAUGCGUAUGCACGAGAGAGAGCUCUGUGUAUGACAUCUUUAACCUCAUCUUCCUGUAGGGAACUCAGCAUGUAUCAUUGUUACCGUACGUCUAUCCUGGCUUCAGCGUGGAAAGGGAGCUGAGCCAUCUCUAGAUGAGACCAUGACAUGAGAUGGUCUCUUUCUUUUUAGACAUCCAGGCACUACAUCUUAAAUUGGACCCUGGAGCUAUGAGAGUUUCCCUCCGAGGUAGGCUGGUCUCUAGAUCUGGACCUUGGGGUGAGCCCUGGGCAGAACAGACUUUCAUGUUAAAAUGCCAUUGCCUGGUUUAACCCCAGUGAUCCCUUGAGGGCAGAACAGCUCAUCUGAGUUGGACCUUCUGGUAAUGACCCACUUCUCCCUUGUAUUGUGCUGUGGUCUCCACUAUGGGAGAUAGGUGCCUUUUAAGAGCAGAUAGUGUUCAUUCCCAGUGCUAUGCAGAGGAGAAGACACAUGUCUAGGAGAUUGUGCAGCAUGCCUGCUUUAGCUUUCCAGCCAGUGAGCUGCCUGGCUGGAGCAGUCUGCGUUUCUGGGACCUUGGGACAGUGUCCCUUCGUUUCGAGCCCAGCUGCGCCUUGCUGAGAAUGAACAGGCUGUGCCUACUCACUCAGUGUUUCUGGGCCCCAGUAUUCCCGGGCUGGGCCCCAUGGAUGUAAAAAUGGCAGAUUCUAAGGUUGGCCUUAGAGCAGGGAACAACAUAGAGGUGACCACCGUAGAAGUGUUUUAGAUUUCCAAGGAUACCAUUUUCAGACCACAUGCCCCACUCCUGGUCACUGGCCAUGCCCAGUCCCACAUGCAUGGGGAAGGUAUCUUUUGCUUGCCCAGAAAUAACUAGUAAAAGCCAGCUGUCAGAGCAUACCAGGACACUGCUUGGCCAAAACUUUAAGGGGGAGAGGCCAAAAAGUCUGGCUGGCAUCCAAGGGUACUGGGCAGUGGACACUUUGGAGUUGAUGGGCCCUUUGCCGUCCUUCCUCCUGCCCGUUACAUCCCCUGCAGUGGCCUGUGUCUCUUAGCCAACUUGGAGGGAGGGGCUGUGUGAUCCCAGCACUGGACCAAAGAGAGGGAUGGCAAGGGAGCCUAGCACACAUGGGUGCUUUUGUUUGAAAUCUCUGUACAGUAUUUACGGGGGGCCAAUGAGUAAGCACUAGCCACUUGCAAAAAAAUGGAAGACAGGGCUUUUGAUGUCAGGCCACCAACAGGUCUGUGAAAUGGGCUGGGACUCCCCCCAAACCAUAGAAUGUUGCUUUGCCAUGUGGGAAUAUUCUGAUAGGUUUCCAUGUGUUUCCAUGAGGGGAGCAGUGCCUUGCUUUGCUUGUGGGGGAGUUGGCAAGAACCCCCCCAUCUCCCACUGCUCUUCCUGGAAGGAUAAGGACAAUCAGCCACAUCAGCUUUGCUGACUUAGAAGAAAACUCUCUGCUUGUCCAGUCUCCUGCUUAGUGGCAUUAUUACGUUUGUCUUCUGGCAUUUUUCUGCAUAUCUUUAGUUUUCUCUGGAACUUGUUUAGAGGCAUGAUUGUAACAGUGUCUGUAUUCACCCCGCACUGUUCCCUUGCCUUCUGUCCAAAAGUCAUGUAUAUAAAAAUAAAGUGACCUAGAAAUGUA